GAACGAGAAGCGAAAGCAUUUUCUCUGGGUCACUAUGAAGGAAGCUGUCAUUGACAAAACAAUCACGGUCACAAUUCACGAUGUGGACAUUCCCGUCGUGCAGCCCGGCCAAGUGUUAAUCAAGGUUGUGGUCUCUGGUACGAACCCUAAAGACUGGAAAGUGCCAACAUGGCGGCCUGAAGCACCGGCCACCAACCAGGGGGACGAUAUUGCGGGCUACGUGGAGGCAGUGGGCGAAGGCGUGCCGAACUUCCACAAGGGCGAUCGAGUGGCUGCCUUCCAUCAGAUGUUCACCCCGGGGGGCAGCUGGGCGGAGUAUGCCAUUGCCUGGGCGCAUACGACCUUCCAUCUGCCUGAGAAAACCAGCUUCGAAGAGGCCGCCACCAUCCCUCUCGCUGCCACAACAUCCGCGCUCGGACUCUUCCGACAGUUGGGGCUGCCUCUCCCCUGGAGUCCGGCAACGGAGCCGCUGCCUUUGGUCGUCAAUGGCGGUUCUUCAGCGGUCGGAGCUUUCGCCAUCAAGCUGGCUUGUCUCUCCAACAUCCACCCUAUCAUCGCGGUGGCCGGCAGGGGCGCCUCGUAUGUCGAGACCUUAAUUGACCGCUCCAAGGGCGAUACGAUCAUUGACUACCGUGGCGGAGACGACGCGAUCCGUGAAAAUAUCAAAGCCGCUGCUGGUGGCCGGCUAGUUCACUAUGCCUUCGAUGCGGUAUCCGAGAAGGGGUCUUACCAGAACCUCGGCGCCGUGCUAACUGCACCGGCAAAGAUCACCGUGGUCUUGCCAGGAUGCGAAUCCAAGGGCCUUCCAGAAGGAAUUCAACUAUCAACCACCAGCUGCGGGUCAGUUCAUCAGCCUGUAGUUGCAGGAAGCCUGGUCGGGAAUGUCGAGUUUGGCGCGGCGAUCUUUGCCCUAUUUGGCAGGGGUUUGGCCCAGGGAUGGUUCGCAGGCCACCCUCAUGAGGUGCGCCCCCACGGACUGGCUGGGAUUGAGGGGGCAGUGAAAGACUUGCAGGCUGGUAAAGCUUCGGCGGUGAAAUAUGUCGUGCGUAUCGCCGAUACACCAGAACUGUAAGAAGUGCGAUCAGUUGAUCCCGUGAAGGCGGUUAAGCAUCUAUACGGUACGAUUGAGGUUCAAUAACGGCUGGAUCCGUGGUGCCAGCUUUUGAGGGAUAGGUGGAAGACAAUAAACAGAGAAUCUCGAGACAUAAAUAUAUGACAAUGGGCAAUCAGUGCAAGUAUCUCAAAUUGUGGAUCGUAUGGCCGUUCUUAUACAAACCACCGCGAAAGACUAUUCUUCUCAUCUGCGACGACUGGGCCAGGGCAUGGGCGGGGCAGUGGUGCAUCACAAAUCGUUUCUUCCCGGUGUUUAUGUGCUCGAGCCCUAAGUAUCGGCAGUUUGGCAGGCUGUGACCUUACUGCAUAUCGAUCGGCAUAGACUCGAUAUUGCUGGAAACAGUCGUGGAUGCAUAUCCACGCAAUGCUGUUUUUACUCGCGUUGUUACAAUAGAUAAUAAGUCUCGUACAAGUGAUCAG